AGUCGGAAACGGGUGGGGAAAUCCUUGAAGGGGUGCUCUCGCCCGGCGGACGACGUGAAAGGCUGGAGGCGUUGGCGAAAUACCUUCCGGAUAGAGAACGAGCAGCCCCCCAGGCGGGUGGUGGCCGUUGUGGUCUCAUCGUCCCACCCACAUUCUUUGGCGAGCUAGCGGUUAUGGUUUAGACAAGCGAGCUGGCCCAGGGCCAGCGUUGCAUGGCAUGGCAUGGCCUGCCGGAGCAUGUAGCCGAUUUUGCUUGUCCAAGAAGGGGACAUCAGCCGGGUUCACAUGGUAAGAAUAUGGGUAUCCGGCUGCCUUCUUAGGGCAGGUACGAAAGGGAAACGGUUGGGAUUUUUAUUUCUUAUUUACCUAGGGAUUCCCUUUUGGAGGAGUCCAACUUGAAGAGGCAGUAAAUCUCAUUCAUACGUCUUGUUCAAUCCCGACCCCGUUUGCGACCAGACCAAGAGCGCCUACCAACACAGUUCCUAAACAAUACCCACCGCCCAUCCCCCAUCCCACCCCAAGAUGCCCAUCGCCGUGCUGCCGGCGCUGAUCCCGGACAUACCGCGGCUGUACGAGAUAUACUUUGCGUCCUUCAAGAACGACAUGAUGGGCCGCGUCAUAGUCGACAUACUCUUCCCCGGCGGCAAGACGGACACGGCCGAGUUCCGGGACGCGCACGCGAGGGCCACGCUCGACUGGUGGCACAAGUGCGACCACCAGUACACGCUCAAGUGCGUCGACACGGACACGGGCGACAUCGUCGGCAUGGGCCUCGGCGACGCCCACUUCCGCGAGCGGUCGGCCGAGGAGCGCAAAUUCGAGGGCUGCGCCUGGCUCGAGGGCAAGGAGCGCGAGCGCGCCGACGCGGUGCUGGUGCCGCUGGCCGAGAUGCGGGAGAGGCUGUGGGGUGGGCAGCGGUAUAUCUACGUCCACGUCAUCGCCGUCGACCCAAAACACCAGGGGCCGCGGCGCCGGCAAGGCCUUCAUCGAGUGGGCGCUGGCCACGGGCGAGGCGUGCGGCGUACCCGUCUACUUUGAGUCGUCGCCGUCGACGGUCAAGCUGUACGAGCGCAUGGGCUUCUCCCGCAUCCGCGACAAGAUCUCGCACAAGGGCAAGGUGCUGGGCCUGCCGCUCGUCACCGUCGACGUGCCCCUCAUGGUCUUCAUGCCGUCGGCCGCGGGCGGGCUGACGUUUGACCAGUGGCGCGACGCCGGGUACCCCAAGUUCGGUUCCGAGGCCGCGAGGAGGGUCAAGGCUGAGGUUGGCGCUGGAGGAGGAGGGGGAAGGAGUGCAAAGGUGCCCGUAGAGACGAGCUCGGCUGCCAGCAGUGAAGGGCUCAAGGCGGAUGCUGGGGGGAGGAGGCGUUGGUGGAAAAAGCUGAUCAAGUAGGGUGCGUUUUUUCUCUGCCUUUAUCUCUCAUUAAGUUUCUCGAUAUCUAGGCCUCGGACGGCGGAAUACCCCAUGCCACGGAUUUGGUGUCUUUAUUUUUUUCAAGUAUUCUUGUUCUUUUGCAAAAGACACAGCACACCGAGUGACCGCGGUGUUAAGUGCUCGGUAUUUUCGGACUUGGGAAGCAAUGCGAGACGCACCCAAUAAAAAAAAGUGGCGGGCCUCGUAAUUGCCCAAACACAGGGGUCUAGUCAUGGACCGAGGCCGGAGCUGUUGCGAGAGAGGGCCUACUACGCAGGGUCGGAUCGGGCGACUUGGGGAGGACACGAGCAGAGGCGGGCGUGGAAAAAGCGCAGCCAUCAAGUCGCAUUGCAUGGUCGGCUAUUUCGGCCAGCCCACACCCCUCGGUCGAGCGAAACCCACACGAUGAGGCAAAUACGCCGACGGGCUAGCCACGUAGGGAUGUGCUUCCCUGCCGUUGAUCUAAUCUGAUCAUCUGAUAAAAACCCAGCCAUUUAUGCUGCCCAGCGCUUCUCUUCACUCGUCUCCUCCACCCGCCGACACGCACGUAUACACCUCUUCUCAAGAGCGGGUC